AUGCGGUGGGCAAACAUUGCUCUUUCCGCCGCGCCUUUAUGGCUCUCUUGGCUUGGGCUCUGCAAUGGCGGCGUCUUGCCAGACUCAUCACCUGCUCGUCGACAGGAUGACCCCCCUGGUGAGUUCGUCUGGCGUGCAGAUACCAGGUCCCCCCAAGAGAUCAGAGCGGCUGGGGGGUUCCGGCCUUGGGGCGAGAACUGGCACCGUAAUGAAGCAGCAUUUCUCAUGGAUCGCCAUUACCACGCCGGUCCCGGCGGGUGUGGCUUAUCGCGAGAUCUGUCCACCAGGCCUUUCCAAUCUGCGUACGUAUCGUUGGCUCGAGAGAGGGCCACAUCUGAAACCUACACCCAUGAGCAUCGAAAUAGGAACACUUGGCUUUACGAGAUUCGUGCUACGCCCAACAUGAUCAACCCCGGCCUUGCAGAGUCUGAGGCUCUAGCGCUGGGCGGCGUUCAUUGGAGACAGAUUCGAAGGUUCGGACUUAUGAGCACUGCCGAAGGCGGCAGAGUCGCACAGAUACAAUGGAUAGACAAUCCCGAGUACGAUAGGGAUCUGUACGAGAACUCUCAAUAUGCUGCGAGGUGUGUCGUCGACAACGAUGUUCCCCCGGACCUUGACGAUGAUUGGAGCGAGGACGAGAUGGACUCGCUGGACGUAACAAGAGAAGAUACGGAUAGCGAUGAGUCCGACGGAGAAGGCAAUGACCUAUACCCUCGUUAUCGCUCAGCCGCGACUCACGUAAGUGGCCCGGCAAUGCAAGCUCUCUUCGGCCGCUUUCCGCCAACUUUUACGCAAUACCCUCCUCGGGACGACAUCCCUGGACCAUCUGGUGUAGGAGCCGCGGCAUCAUCUGAAGACGAUGUCAUUCGUGACGCAGUCAUGAGAGACUUGGAGCGCUUCGCAGAUUUGACCCCGGAGCAACUACGACAACUCUACCCCGACUAUGACGAGAUGCUCCAAGAGCUUUUGGAUAACCUUGACAGGGACACUUGUUCCCCUCCCAAGCGUCCCCGUACGCAACUACGAGCUCGCGCCGGACAAUCGAAGAAUAUUUGUUGCCAGAGUCUCUACAAGAUCCGAGGACUAGUCAUCGACCAGACACGCCAGAAUCGUAAAAACUCGGCUACUGCCAAGAGUGCCGGCAUAACACUCGACGAACUAAAGCGUCUGAGAGCCGGCGAAUUUGACGGGCUUAACUGUGCAGCCAUUGUCAAGAAAUUGGAAGAAGGCGUAUUUGGUCCGAAAGACGGAGACGAUGGCUCGACCGGAGCUUCUCCCGCGGGAAACCAGCAGGAUUGCAAACGAGCCCGCAAAAUUGUCACCCCCAAAAGCCGCAGCAAGGGGCCCAAGGGCAAGGCACCCCCGGCUCCGGCCAAGGUCGUCUUCUACGGCGACUUUCUAUGGCCGGCAGAGGCCAAGACGGCAGGCGGAUUUCUCCCUCCGCGCACCCGUCCGCCCGGCCCGACGUAUGAAGUCGAAGGAGGGCCGACCCCCGAUCCCGCCACGGUCGUCGACUGGCCGAGCGAAGUCCUCCAGACUCGUCUCAUUUUCGGACCCGCGGCCAAGGACGCAGCUGGGAAAGCUUCCCACGCGACAGACGGCUUCCACGGCGUCGUGUAUGCCGUUCACGCCACGCCAAACAUGCUCGUCUCGGGGCUGGAUAGCAUCGCCGUCGGCGGCAUACGGUGGUCGCAGGUCCUCGGUUGGGUUCAGGUGCCGCUCAACUAUACGCUGCCCGAGCACGAUGCCCAGGAGCGAGCAAAUAUACAGCAGCACUUUGAAAGGGCAUUCAAAGCCAAGAACGACUUGUUCCCGGGGAGCAACUUGUUCCAGAAGAACGACGAUUACGAGCACAAGUUCGACGAGUUGGCGAGUACCGGCGAGAUUCCCAAUUUCGACCUGCCGCAGUCUCUGGAGGAGUUUAUGGAUAGAAAUGGACAGGCCGUCGGCUGGAGGGGAGGGUUCCCUCUUUUCAACCCGCCUGGGCGAGUGACUGGCGAGUCUUCAACGGCGGCCAAGGCGGCCAAGGCCGUGGCGCCGCCGCAUGAGCCGGGCUUCUGGGAAAAGGUUGGCCACUUUAUGGAGUCGCACAUCUUGGCCAUUGCCUUGCUUCCCGCUGUUGUCGUUGCCAACUUGAUUCCCGGUGUGGGUGAGCUGGCUGACGCGGCUGAAGUGGCGGCGCUCUCUACCGAGGCCGUCGAGGGCAUCGAGCUUACGGAGCUGUCGUCUGAGGGGGCUUCUGAGUUGACUCCCCUGCUCCGAAGCGUCGCCAAGCUCAAGGUUGAUUGA